AUGCCAUCUUUUCAUCGUAAGGAUUUUGUCGUUUCUAAACGACAUCGUGUUCGAUCAUUAACAAAUAAUGAACAAAUUAUUAUUACAAAUUCACCUGAACUUUCAAUACCAAAAAGAACAUCAUCAAAACAUCGUCGUACUACUCUUAUUGCUUUACCACCAACAUUAAUUAAUACAUCGAAUCAAGAUUUACAUAAUAACCUCGGUAUUCAACCAACUAUUUUUUUCUAUAAUGAAGAAACUUUUCAAGAAGUAUGUUAUCGAUCUAUUGAAGAUAUUCGAGAAGUAAAAAAUAAUGAAUGUCUAUGGAUUGAUGUUACAGGUGUACAUGAUCAUGAUUUAAUAACUCGUCUUGGUCUACGAUAUAAUAUUCAUCCAUUAGUAGUAGCUGAUAUUGAAACAACUGAACAACGUACAAAAUUAGAUGUUUUUGAAGAUGCUUUAUUUCUUGUUGGUAAAAUGAUCUAUCCAGAUAAUAUUCAACAAAUAACACAUAUUGAACAGAUUAGUUUUUAUUUAAAAGAAAAUAUUUUGAUAACAUUUCAAGAAAAAUCUAAAGAUAUUUUUGGACCAAUUAAAAAUCGUAUACGACAAAAUAAAGGUCGUAUUCGACGAUCGAAAAUUGAUUAUUUAUUUUAUUCAUUAGUUGAUAGAAUUGUUGAUCAAUAUAUGGAUGUAUUAGAUAUAAUUGGUACAAAAGUUGAAGCUAUUGAUCAUCAAUUAAUGCAUACAUUAUCACGUGAUACACUUGAAAAAAUUUAUGAUCUUAAACGUGAAAUGCUUUAUUUUCGUCGUUCAAUAUCACCAUUAAAAGAAAUAAUUAAUAAAUUACAAAAAGAAGAAGAAACACAAAUUAUGCAAGAAAGUACAAAUAUUUAUUUAAAAGAUUUAUUUGAUCAUAUUGUACAAGUUAAUGAUACAAUUGAUACAUAUAGAGAAAUGUUAGCAUCAUUUAUUGAUUUUUAUAUGAUGUUAAAUUCUAAUGCAAUGAAUGAAGUUGUUAAAACAUUAACAAUUAUUUCAACAAUAUUUAUUCCAUUAACAUUUAUUGUUGGAGUUUAUGGUAUGAAUUUUGAUAAUAUGCCAGAAAUUCAUUGGAAAUAUGGAUAUUUUGUUGUUCUUGGAUGUAUGGUCGUAUUAACAUUAAUUAUGUUGUUAUGUUUUAAACGAAAAAAAUGGUUUUAA